AUGGCCCUAUCUCCCAAAGAUCAAGAUAAACUAAGAAGUUUGGAAAGAGAUGCCGAAGAAGCAUAUAAAUACAUGGCUUCCGAUGAGCAGUCAUCUACAUUCAAAGAUAAGGAACUAAUAUAUGAGCUUGAUGCAGCAGCUCCGAAACAUAUUACAUCCACAAGAAUCACUAGAUCCGAAAUAAAAGAGACUAAACCGUGGGUACAUUUCGUUGCUGGAGGAAUUGGUGGUACUGUAGGUGCAGUUAUCACAUGCCCACUUGAUGUUGUCAAGACAAGACUACAAUCUGAUGUAUACCAUAAUGUUUACAACACUACUGUCAAAUCUGGGAACCCUAUAAAACAAGCGUUUCAGCAUUUAGCAGAAACUGGAAGUGCAUUAAGAGGAAUGUAUGUCAAUGAAGGGGUAAGGUCAUUGUUUAAAGGUCUAGGACCAAAUUUAGUUGGUGUAAUACCGGCUAGAUCAAUUAAUUUCUUCACAUAUGGAGCCACUAAGGACUUUUUGAUACGAAAUUUUGGAACUUCAACUAAUAAUGAAAAAACUGAACAAACUUGGAUGCAUUUGGUUUCCGGUAUAAAUGCAGGAUUUGUAACUUCAACGGCAACAAACCCCAUUUGGUUGAUUAAAACAAGACUACAAUUGGAUAAAUCCAAACUGAAAAUAUACAAAAAUUCAUGGGAUUGUUUAAAACAUGUUGUUAAAAAUGAAGGUUUUUUCAGUUUAUAUCGAGGAUUAAGUGCAUCCUACUUGGGUGGAAUUGAAAGUACGAUACAAUGGGUGUUAUAUGAACAAAUGAGAAUGUUUAUAAACAAGAGAUCAUUAAAAAUCCAUGGAACUGAUCCAACAAACAAAACUACUAAAGAUCACAUUAUGGAAUGGUCAGCUAGAUCAGGAGCUGCUGGGUUAGCCAAGUUUUUGGCCAGUUUGAUAACGUAUCCUCAUGAAGUUGUUAGAACAAGGUUAAGACAAGCGCCAUUAGAAAGUACUGGUAAACCAAAAUAUACGGGAUUGAUUCAAUGUUUCAAAUUGGUGUUCAAAGAAGAAGGGUUUGCCAGUAUGUACGGUGGUUUAACGCCUCACUUGCUUAGAACUGUACCUAAUUCAAUUAUUAUGUUUGGAACGUGGGAAUUAGUUGUGAGAUUGUUGUCAUGA